AUGGCUUCCUCGCGAUGUUUUAUAUUCCUGAUCCCUAUUGCGAUCAUAAUAUUUAUUUUCGCCAUCUGCCAAAGCAUCCAUAGAAAUGUCCGAGUAAUAGGCCGAAAUAAAACAUUGCGAUACGAACCCACUGCACUGCAUUUCGAACAGAUGAGAUAUUUGGCAGGACUUUCGGAUCCAGAAGACUUUCGCAAAACUGUGCAAAGAAUAUCUGUUAAGAGGGUGGUGGAUACUCCGGGACACUCGGCUGUUAGGAAAUUUAUUAUAGAGUACCUAAAGAAACUUAACUGGAAGGUGGAGCUGGACUCUUUUACGGAGAAGGUACCGCUCCUGGGAUCCCUGACCUUCCACAAUAUAAUGGCCCGGCAAAAUCCCACAGCAAAAAGAUAUCUAAUGCUGGGCUGCCAUUAUGAUAGCAAGUAUUUCAAGGAAUUUGAUUUUGUGGCUGCUACAGAUUCAGCCGUUCCUUGCGCACUUAUGCUGAAUCUGGCUAAAGUUUUAAAGGACCAGCUUCAUCGAUCUGAGAUCAGCUUAAUGCUGGUCUUCUUCGACGGCGAGGAGGCAUUUGAGGAUUGGUCAGAUAAGGACUCGCUAUAUGGCUCCCGACACUUGGCGGAACUGUGGGAGAAACGAGGCUUCCUUAAUAGCAUUGAUCUCUUCAUGUUGCUGGACUUAAUUGGAGCUAAGGACGUAGUCUUUAAAAAUAACAUCCAAAAUACUUCUACUUGGUUCCAAAGGUUCGUUCAGCUGGAGAAGAAACUCAUUAAGACGGGAAUUCUGCGAACAGAGGGACCCAUUUUUAAGUUUGAGUCUAGCAAUGAUAAUGAAGAUGACCACCUGCCUUUUGUGCGGCGCCAUGUUCCAGUGAUCCAUCUAAUAUCUUCGAAGUAUCCAGCGGUAUGGCAUCUGGCCGAAGAUGUGGAACAGAAUGUCGACUACAACACUACGGAGCAAGUUGGCCUUGUUCUGCGAAUGUUUGUAAUGGAAUACCUCAACUCAGCAGCUUCGCAAUCCUUUGGCUUAACAAAGGCUAUUCACUAGUAAUGGAAAUGAUUUUUUCAAUAUUUAAAGAAAAUAUUAUAAUAAGGAUUAUUAAAGUGAAGUUUAAUAUUAUUA